CCUGCCCGUCCCCGUCCGGCCCCCGCGCCGCGGGCCGGGGGGGGCGGGUCCCGCCCUCCCCUCCGGGUCGUGCAGGAGCAGGGACCCCCGCGCCCCCCCCGGCUGCCGGCAGAGUGGUCCCUGGAGCCCCGGCAGGUCCUGGAGGGUGAGGAGCAGCUGUCAUGAUCUCUACAGCACCUCUCUACAGCGGGGUGCACAACUGGACCAGCACAGAGCGGAUUCGCAUGUGUGGCCUCAACGAGGAGAGGAGAGCCCCCAUUUCUGAUGAGGAGUCAAAAACGAGCAGCUCCCAGCACUUGGUGUCUCAAGAGUUUUGUGUCAGCAGCAGCCUUUCCGAGGUGGAGCUCACAGCAGUCAGCGGUGGUGGCAGCAGUGCCCAGGGGCUGGAUGCUGAUGGCAAGGUGGAGGAAAAGCUUGGACCCAAACUGGAGGAGCAGCCACCCGAUCCCAACCCAAACCUGGAGUGUGUGGGAAAGACUGUGACAGACGACGCCCUGGGCCCUCUGGCAGGUCAGGGGGAUGGCAGAGGGCAGGAGCCAGCGACCCCCAGAGCUGUGGAGCAGGAGAGCAGUGGUGCUGAUGCUUCCUGGACACCAGCAGAUCCUCCCAGCGACAAGCAGGCUGAUGCUGCCCCAGCCUGCUGCGUGGCUCCAGAGAGUGAGCCUGCUGGGAACGAGAAACCCUCCCUGAGCACCGCAGCACAAGGGCCAGGCGUGCUGGCAGAAGGGACGUUGUCUGUGGUUGUCUCUAGCUGCAACACCUCUGCCUCCAGUCCCGCCACCUUCACACUGAACAGGGUUUGCUUUCCCCCCUCUCAGGCCCCUGCUAUGCAAAAGCUGCCCCUGUCCUUCCAGGCUGGGGCUGUGCUGAGCCCGAGCCAGUCACUGGUGUACAUCCCCCCUCCCAGCUGCGGGCAGCCGCUCAGCGUGGCCACGCUCCCAGCCACUCUAGGGGUCUCCUCCACACUCACCUUCCCCGUCCUGCCUUCCUACCUGCACGAACGUUGCCUACCGGGCAUUAUCGCCUCCCCAGAGCUGCGUUCCUACCCCUACACCUUCUCUGUCACCAGGCCCUUGGCUUCGGAUGCCAAAGUGGUGUCUGUGGAGGUGAAUCAGCUCAGCUGCCCCCCACCUUCGGGUGCAAGUAGUGCCCAGGCUGCUGCUGAGAGCGCUCCCCUGACCAGCACCGGCCUGGCCCUGCCCUCCAGCCAGGCUCUGCCGGCAGCACCAACAGCAGGGGGGAGCUCUGCUCCCUCCUCUGGCACAGCCGUGCAGGCCAGAGCCCCGGCAGCUCCCGAGCCACAUGCACCGGGGGCUGCCACUUCCCUGUCUCCUCUGAAGUCCCCUCCCCAGCUAGAGCGUGAGAUGGUCUCAUCCCCGGAGUGCAGUGAGAUGCCUCUUGAUCUCUCCUCCAAGUCCAACCGCCAGAAAUUGCCUCCACCCAGCCAGCGCAAGACCCCUCCCAUGCCCAUCCUCACCCCCGUGCACACCAGCGGCAAAGCGCUGCUCACCACCGUCCUCUCCAAGUCCCAGCGCGCGGCACAGGCCACGGGCAGCAGCGUCACCUCGUGCCUCGGCACCACCCCACCCUUGGUCAUCUUUCCCGAGUUCCUGCGCAACGGCGAGCAGGGCUCCUGGGCGAAGAACACCACGCUCAUCAGCACCAUUCCCGGCACUUAUGUUGGUGUCGCCAACCCGGUGCCGGCCUCGCUGCUGCUCAGCAAGGAUGUCGGCGUGAGCCUCAGCAGGGACCCACGCCACCUGCCCAAGCAGGAGCCCAUCUCCAUCAUUGACCAGGGCGAGCCCCGCAGUGCCGGCGUUCCCUGUGGGAAGAAAGCCAACCAGGUUGGCACGGAAGGACAGCAGGAUCCUGCCAGGAAACUUCUUCAUGGUAGAGCUGCUCCAGGAGCUCCUUUGUGUCAGUCCAAGGACAUCGCUACCUGGAAUCCUGUCCAGGGAAGCGUGUACCCGCGAUGCCCCGUCAAUGGAAAACCUUCCAAUCCUCAACUUCUGCCUCUGGGCUGGUCUCCGUACCAUCAAACCCCGCUGCUUUCCAUCGGCAUCUCCACGGCAGGACAGCUGCCCCUGAACCAGAGCAGCCCCUGCAAGACAGCCGGGGCGGGCAAGCUGCCGGCAUUCCCGAGCGUGCAGCCCGCCGAGCCCAGCGCGGCCGCCCAGAGCCUGCCAGAGGGCGAACAAGAUGCUGCGGCCAAGAGCAAGAGCUGCCGGACCUUGCCCAAGCCCUGCGAGGAGCCGACCAACCCAGCACCACCAGAGGCAGGUCCAGCUUUCCAUACCAGCGCUUUGGAUGGGAAAGGGGGGAAGGGGAAGCUGGACAAUGCUCCGAAAAGUCAGGAGUGCACUCAGCCAGAGGCUAACUCCAGUCAGGAGAGCAACGCACAGACUGAGGCUCCCCAGGGGAGCUGUAGCCUCAAACAGCCAGAUGCAAAGCCCAAAAACCAAGUGUUAGCGGCGUAUUUGUCACAUGACCUGCCAACGGCUGGGCAGCAGGGCCUGCGGAUGGUGCCAGAGGUGCCCACAGAUGGGCAGCGCAAAGAGCUGGGCUGCAAGGGCUCCCAGGAGCCACCGGCCACGGAGCCCCUCCCGUGUGUGCAGCAGGUGGAUCUGUGCAGGGUCAAGAAGGAACGAGUGGAGUGUGAUGUGUCCUUUCCCUCGGUGACCUGCCUGCAUGCUGCGGCGGCUCCCCAGGCCUUCACUGAGGCCAAGCUCAAAGGAACGGGGCAAAUCAAGCAGGAGGGUGGCACACGCUGCAAGGCCAAACGGCAGCAUGAUGGGGACACCAGGCAGAGCCACAAGAGACUGAAGAGCCAAGGCCAGGACAGCGAGGAGUCCUCAAGCAAGUCGGGAAGCCGGAGCGUGCAUGGCCGGAAGUGGCAAAAACACCACGACAAUCCACAUGAGCUUGGCAAGCAGGAAGGCCGGGAAGGCCGAGGCGGCCCGGGUGCCAUCACGGAUCACAACAGCCUCGGGGUAAAGCGCAAGCGUAGGAGGCCAGCGAAGACAGAGUGCCUAUCUCUGGCUCACCGUGGAGACAGCCACGAGGAAGGGUACUUGGAGAAGAAGCCCAAGAACAACUUCCGGGAUUUCAUCCCGGUGGUGCUGAGCAGCCGGACACGCAGUCAGUCAGGAAGCAUUGCUGGCUCUUCUGCUGGUGUGACGGGAGAGUGUGAUGUGAGUGGUCCGGAGACUUUACCAUUGCUGGAGGAGGAUCAGGAAGAAGAAGAGGAGCAGGACGAAGAGGAGGAGGAGCAGGAGGAGGAGGAGACAUCCUUGAAACAUCGCAAGCUGCGCAAAUCCCACAGGACAUCCCGCUGCCACAGCCGCAGGGACAGGGACAGGGACAGGUCUGUGUCUGAGAGGAGCAGUUGUCACACGAGGAGGACCCGGGAGCUGCCCUGGAGAGCAGAAUCACCCAGGCAGGUGUGGGAGCCCAACGAGGAGGAGGAGGAGGAGGAGGAGGAUGGCCACAUCAAAAGGAAGAAAAGGAGACGGCAGAAAAGUCGGAAAUACCAGACAGGGGAAUACCUGACUGAGCGGGAGGAGGAGCAAGUGGGAUAUCCCCACCGGAGGCGGAAAUCCAAAGCAGAUUGCAGGCACCGGAAGCAGAAGGAGUCUGGGAAAGGCAAAGGCACAGAGCUGCAGCUGAGGAGCAAGCUAUCCCCAUCCCCCCGGAAACCUCAAGGACACACGGACUUUCGGAAUGGCUUCUUCCUGGAGCACUCUGACACCUCUCCUAUCCAAGAAGAGCUAGAGAAACCAUCAGGAAAACGCAAAUGUAAAACCAAACACCUGGCAGGGAUCUGUGAUGAGGGGAAGGGGAAAGGCUGCUGCAACCAGCCCAAAAUGUGCUCUCCAAAGAAGCCCCAGGACUUGUGGACACUUUGUAAGUCCCAUCGGGCCAGCCCAGGGAGUUCCCCUGAGGUGCCCCCAGCCCAGAAUGUUCCCCCUGGAGCUCGGCGGCUGAUUGUGAACAAGAACGCAGGGGAGACGCUCCUGCAGCGAGCAGCUCGCCUGGGCUACAAGGAUGUGGUGCUGUACUGCCUGCAGAAGAAGAGCAGUGACGUGAACCACCAUGACAACGCGGGGUACACGGCCCUGCACGAGGCCUGUGCCCGCGGCUGGAUCGACAUCCUGCACAUCCUGCUCCAGCACGGUGCCAACGUCAACUGCAGCGCCCAGGACGGCACCAGGCCUAUCCAUGACGCAGUAGCGAAUGACAACCUGGAAACCAUGUGGCUUCUCCUUUCCUAUGGUGCUGAUCCCACUCUGGCCACAUACUCCGGGCAGACAGCAGUGAAGUUGGCCACCAGCGAUGUGAUGAAGCACUUCCUCUGUGAUUACCUGUCAGACCUGCAGGGCCGCAGUGACGGAGACCCUCGGACAGCCUGGGAUUUCUACAGCAGCUCCGUGCUCGAGGGGAAGGACAGCAUCGGCUGUGACCUGCUGCUCAACCCUCCAGGGAGCUCAGACCAGGAAGAAGAGGAGCAAGAAGCAGAUAACUUCAUGUUUGAGUUCUCAGACAAGCCGCUGCUUCCCAGCUACAACCUCCAAGUGUCCGUCUCCCGGGGGCCCUGCAACUGGUUCCUGUUCUCUGAUGUGCUCAAGCGGCUGAAGCUGUCCUCCCGCAUAUUCCAGGCCCGCUUUCCGCACUUCGAGGUGGCCACGCUGCCCCGGGCAGAGUUCCAGCGCCAGGUGUCCCUCAGCCAGGUGCUGGCGCAGGAGGAGGUGCCAGCAAGCCCCGAGCUGGCGCCGGGCGCGGCAGAGACUGUGGAGCUGGUGCACUACGAGCCCGAGCUGCUGCAGCUGCUGGGCUCGGUGGUGGAGUACCAGGCCUGGAGCAGCUGACGGGGACAGGCCACUCCCGGCAUCACGAGGCAAUAAUAAGGACCAAGGGGAAGCAGCUCUCUCAGCGCCAGCAGCAGGGACCCGAGUCUUAGAGCAGCCGCUCCUCCUCUCCUCAGGGUCUCCGCCAGCUGGGGAGGGAGGACCCUCGCCUCCAAGGCAUUCCCAAGGUCCCCCGCCCACGAGCAGUGGCGGUCGCUGCCGCCGCCGCCUCACGCAGCUCCGGUGGGUGAUGGAACCCCCUGCACGGGGCUCAGCGAGGGGUGGAAGUCGCCGCCCCUCCCCACUGGACCCUACAGAACUGCGCCUCUCCGUUUGCCCUCCCCCUCCCAAUGUCUUCCAUAGUAUUUAUUUAAUUAGUAUUUAAUUUGUAAUGUUUUCUUUGUUUUUGCUGAGUCUGUAUCACUGUGAUGGUGAGCUCCGGGCUGUGGGAUGAGGCCGUCCCCCGCCCCUCUCCAGCGUGCCCCGAGGCCAGCCAGGCCCAGGGGUUCCCGUCCCUCCCUGGCAACGAGCCAGGGGACAGCCCCCUCCCUUGGCUUUGUAGCUGGCUCCUGUGCUGCCAGCGCUCAGCUCCAGCCGGGAGCCGGCCCCACUGCUCCAUCCUCUCCCGUGCUCCUCCUCCAUCUCAUCCGUGCUGCCGCUCCCUGUCCCCGGCGGUGCCGCCCGGGCAGGAGCAGCCCGCGGCCCCCAGCGCGUCCCCCGCUUCGGCAGCUUGUGCCCCGCCCCAGGCUCUGUGCCCUCGGCAGCAGCCGCCCCCUUGGCCCGCUCCCCGCCGGUGUCCCGGGAGCAGCUUUCUGUGCAGCAGCGGGUGCGGGCGGGCUGCUCUGCCUCGGGGCCGGUACAGUUUUAUUGUACAGGUGCUAACAGGACUGAGGUCGGGACAAUCGGGGGAUUUCUGGCUCUCCCCGCUCCGCAGCGGGAGCCUUGGGUGAGUUUUUUUGUUGGUUCGUUUUUCCUUUGUGUUGUGUUUCUCCCCAGCCAGGGCAGGCGUUUUCCCCCUUGGAGCCCCGCUGCCAGCCUUCCCUCGAGGGCCCGGCAGCACCUUCUUUAAGCCAAGGGUUUUUUUGCCUUUGGGUGUGUAUUCUGGUUGCUCUUUCUGAUUUCUGUUUUAUUAUAUGCAGCAACAGGCUGUGGUGUCAAAAACACUGAUGUACAGAAAAAACCUGCAUCAGGC